CUUUCUCUUGCUUGCUUUUGCUUGGAUUUGAUGACGAUGAUGAUGGUGGGUGCGUGUGGCAGUCGUGGCACGGCGUUGUUUCGCACGCUGUAUCGGCGCUUGCAGGGGAUUCAAGAUGUGAAGCAGCGCAGCUACUACUUGCACGUGUUGAAGGACGAGUUCCGGCAGCACGGCGAUGAGACCGAUCCCGACCGCAUCAGCCAAAUUGAGCAGCGCAGCAUGCAGGACGUGGAUUGGAUCGUGACAGAGUGCAACACAAAGCGCCGGCCAUCAGCGUAGCCACGCUUCCCAUCAAGCAUGCCCCACAGGUACACACUUACAUCCACACACACACACACACACACACAUCGAGGCUGUCAGUUUUCGUUCUGCCAAUCUCACUUCCUGUGCCUGUCUCCUCUGGCUGAUUGAUGGCAGUGCCAUCGGCCCUUCUCGUUCCCUUCUCGCUUCCUUUUCCCCUUCUCUUCCUGCUUCUCUUCUCUUCCGUUUCUACGCCACACCUCAGUGGUGUUGCUUGCUUGAACGCUUAAUUCAACUCGUGUUGGGCCCAUGUUCGUAGUUGUGGCUUCUGCUGCUGCCUUGGCAAGCGCACACACGCGACUGGCUCUUGUCGACCAACGACGAGCCGUUCGCACCCAAUAAACAAGCAACAACAUG